AAUCACUAAAACAGACACCGCAGCCCAGUCACUUAAUUUGACACCAGUUGAAUAAACGGACGCCAUGGAGGAGCCGUGGGACUUUGAGUUUCUGUCCCGCAUUGCUGACAGCUGCCUGUCGUUUCUCUCUGAGUUUGUAGACGACUGGCUCGCCAACGACAUGAGAGUGUCCAUAUUCAAAAUACUCCUCAGCUGGUUAAUUUUUAGUCUAAUCGCCAUUCACUUCGCGUGGAAAGUCUAUGGGAAUACAGUGAACGAUAUGUAUUACAGACAAGGGACCGGACAGAAUGGAGGCACACCUGAUACAGCUGCACACACGAGUGGAUGGGAAGGUAAAGCAGGGGAUGGUCCAAAGAUUCAUCGGGAUUAAUGGGAGCUUGAUCGCUGGACUUUACCCAAGUGAAGGCUGGACAAUUUGUAUGUCCCACAGAGGCACGAAAUGCACACCAGUUUUUGGUUUUUUCAUUAACAAAGCGUUACCUUCCAUGGAUUAAAGAUGGUGUUGAGACAGCUUCACCUUCUGCGAAUCACUUAGCCAUGCCAUUGGACAUCACUCUAACAGUGUUAGAGUGAUGUCCACUAUUCAUACAAUGUUUAAUUUGACCUCUUGAUACUGCUCACUAAGCAGGACCUUAUCGUGCAUAAAGAACUAAAAGGACGUGUUUAACUGGUCACUUGGUGAUACGUGAUCAAGACUGUACUUGAAUGGUGCAUGAAAGGAAAACAAAUCAUCAUUUUCCAAGUAAUGACACAGGAUCACAUGUAUAGUUUUUGUAAUAUAUAUACAUAUAUAAUACGCUGAUUUGAGUAUUGCAUUGACUUGUGUAUGUGAAUAUUUAUGAUCCAAAUAAUUUGCAGUGAACUGUGUGAUUUUGUUUUUGAUUUUUUUUUUAAUCUUUGCUGUAUUAUAAAUGGUCAUCUAUGGUCAUUUUAAAAUCAGACACAAUAAAAGCAG